CCUUGGGGUUUAGAUAUAAAUCUUCAAUCUUGCGAUGCUCGAAAAAAGACGAGAGACCGACUCGAUUGUAGGCAAUAUGGGGCUCCUCGCCAAUGACGACAAUAUCAUACUUCCGUCGCUCGGAAUCCUGCUUGACUAGCUUUUCACUGUAGACAACCAGGAAGUGUCAGCAUCCACAUCGUGGCUUUCAGGGAGUAGGUCGAUUGCCGAAACCUACAUGAAUGAUAUAGCCACCAUGCCCAGACCUACUACAACGAUCUUUUGGCGUCGAUUCGUAGAGGACUGUGGCAGAGAGUCGACCGCGGGGGAAAGAGAGAGAAUAUUGGGGAUGCUGUCAGCGACAACAGUAUCCCCAGUUCCGGACCCAUCCAACAGAGGCAUUGUACCGGAAGAUGGAACUCAAAAAAUCUGCAGUGACAGGAAUGGCAGGUAGGAAUCCAGCUCGGUUUUGUUUGUGCCACAAGGAACCCGAGCCGCUCCCGGAUGGGAGAGACGCGGACAUGACAAUCACCGUUGCGUCCUGCCAAGAGAAACCCGAGGAUCUCCCGGGACGACAGCAGAUAGGCACAUCGUUGUGUUUCUCCGUGGCAUCUGGAAGGAAAGGUUUGACUUCAUCCCGUGAGGUAAUCGAUUGGGGCCCAUGCUCGAUCGUACUGUGUAAUCAGGGACCUCGAGACCCGCUGUGCCGAUCCUGGGUGCCACCGUUCGUGGAGGGAAGACCGGAGCAAGGAAGUGCGGAUAAGAAACUAAGGUCCAUGCGAAGGGGUUCGCCGGCAGUUGGAGACUGGGCGAUGCGAUGCCUCCGCGGAGAUGCAAUGGUGGAGGAUGCGCGACGGACGGGACUCAGAUAGGCUGUUGCUUAUCGUGACCCCUCAUAGGGCCCCGAUAAG